GCGGUACGGUUUUUAUUUCAUAUGGCUAAACAACACACAGAACCAACACCAGUGCCACUAGUCGCUUCGCGUUACUCAGCAGUUAAGCAUUACAGCAAAGUCGAAACGCGCUAAAGCACAGCGCACGAGAAUAAUAGUAGAACCGACAACCCUGCCGCCGAAGCAACUGAGAAUAACAAUACAACAACAAAUAACAAUAGCAAGAACACACAAAAAAGAGUAAAUAAAGUUGAUAAAAAGAAGAAACAACAGCACACAACAACAAUAGCAAGCACAAAUAUGGGCCUAGCAUAAACAAAACCAGGUGUUGGGAAGUGUCGGUGUACCUGUGUGCUACGUAUGCAUGCGUGUGUGUGUGUGUGUGUGUACUAAGCGAAAUAAGGAGAGACCAACGCCUUCGUCACCACAGCGCUCGGCUCCACGGCACUCAUCGACAACACAACGAAAACGCGACUUAACGACGAAGUCCACUCAAGGUAAGCCGAACACGAGCACCAGCACCUUUUUGGUACAUGGAGUAUUGGUAGUAUCCGUUUGUCAAGUGGAGCUGCGCAUCCAGUAAAAAGCUGGCGAUCGAAUUGUAUAUUAUAACGUUAGAGUAAAGUAUCACCUGAUCUACGCGCACACAUAUAUACGCUUAUGAACACAUAAAUGAAAAUAUAAACACAUGCAAAAAGAUUACGUGUACGAUCUACUAGUUGGUAGUUGUUGUGGGAGUUUGCGUAAAAACAAAAACAAUAAUUACGAAAUGAGCAAAGCUGUGUGAAAGCCAAUUGAAUAUGCUGUGCUCUACGAAAGCUAGUGGUUAAUCACCGUUGAAGCUGCAGCUGCUGCACUGCACCUGUAUGGGCACAUACAUGCAUAUAUAAGUAUAUAUGUAUAUUUUAUGUGUGUGUGUGGAGAGCGCAUUCGUUACCAAUUGAAGCAAAUAGCCAACAACAACAAACGUUUUUUUUUUGUUUUUUUUUUAUUGAACGCCAGCAAAAACAAAACAAGUGUGCAUACAACUAGCACUUAAUAUUGCUAACUGUGUAGUCUUGUCAAUGCCUUCGCUUCGUACACACAUUUGAUUUGACAAAAAGUGCAUGUAAAGAGCACACAAAAACAAGUGGGGUGCAAAAUUGCGAACGAGAAAGCGAGCAGUGAAUGGGAAAGUAGAAUUGGAGAUAAAUAAACGCAAUUGCGCGCAUGCAAAAUAUAUCACAUACAAACAUACAUGCACAUGCACAUGCAUAUAUGUACGAGUAUAUUGUAUAUACAUAUGUAUGUACUGAGUUGUCAUUAAAAGAACAGUUGCUUGAUUUGUGUGCAGAAUUUGGAGAAUUUUUAAGUGGAAAAAACGAAAUUGCAGUGUUUUUGCAGAAAAUUUUAUUGAACAUUUUUAAAGUUGAAAUAAACAAAUAAAAAAUAGAAACAUGAAAGUAAUAAAGAAAAAUUAAGUUACAUAAUAAGUAGGAAAAAAUAAUAAAGAAAAAUAUUUUAAAAAAUUUAAAAGUCUUGAAAAUAUAAUAAAAAUAAAUACUCUCCAUUAAAAUAAAAAAAUUAAAACUAAUAAAACUUAAAAAUAAAAUUCAAAAAUUAAUUCAAAAAUUAAAACAAAAAUUAAAAUAAAAAAUAUUAAAAAAUUCUCAACUGCAUUGCUUUAAGCUAAAAAAUAUAAAUAUUAAAAUUUAAAAAAAACAUAUAAAAACUCUCAACUGUAUUGUUCUAUGCUAAAAGUGGCAUUCUAACCUAUGCAUAUAAAACUUGCAUAAACGCAUAGCGCCUGCAUACAUUAAUGCAUGCAUAUAAGCAGCUAAAAACCGCCAACUAGCGUUUACAACAAAAAAUAUACAGUAUAAACCACUGCCUUUACAAGAACAACUACAACUACACAUACUUGCAAGGCAUAACGCAUAUAACAGCGCCACAAUGACCGCUAAACCGCCAAAACGUGCCAAUAAAGGGAUCAAACGACGUAACGAGCGAAACAUACUCACAUUCUAUGAGAAGAUCGCCGUCAUACACUACUACGAUGAGACGAGUGUUUCACGAAAUCGCUUGGCUAAACUAUUUCACUGUUGUGCCACACAAAUUCGACGUAUACUCGAACACAAAAAUGAAUUGCUACAACAAUUGGCCACACUCAGCGAGUCCGAUGCGACCAAUUUCAUUGAAGAGAUGACACGGAAACGGCGCAAAUUCGAAAUGAGCGCCAUUAGUUUCAUACUUCACCAAUGGGUGGAGCGUUGUCGUGAGUUGCGUUUGCGCAAAAUCAUAACAAAUCAGACGCUCAAGGACACGGCACUCAAAAUGGCCGCCAUACUGAAUUUACCAAGCUUUCGGCCUUCGUAUCGUUGGCUGGAUCGUUUCCGCAGCAAAUACAGAUACACAGCCGAAGAUCUGGGCACAGCGGGUGCGCAUGCCGUUGAUGGUGAAUUGGCGGUUGAGGAUAUUAUUAUUGAGUAUAAGGAUGCCUUACCGAAUUUCAUGCAAACCGAAAUAUCAGAAAUAACCUCACUAGAUAAAGCAUUGCAUACGGAGGUGGAAAAGAAAAAGACGCUGCUACAAAGUACAAGCAAUGAGAAUAGCGUAGAUUAUAUAGUUAGUGAUGAGGAAGAUGAGGUGGAAGAGGUGCAUGAUGAUGCCGCUCAAAUGGACGAUGACAUAGCUUUAGUGGUGAGUGAUUCCAAAGACUCUAGUGGCUGCUCAUCCAACACCAAUACGAGUACAACAAACAAUAACCAGCCGGAUGAACUUAAUGGUGAACAAAUAAAAAUGAAUGCCGGCACCACAGCUGUACUGGGCAGCAUAUUCCCACAUCUCGCUGUCAUACAUCAGUUUGCGCUACUCAAUGCCGAUGUCAAGGCGCUGGAGUUGAUCUCGCAGCUGGGUGUGCAUAUGCAGAAGCAAGCCGUCGACGGCGCAUACAAACAACUGACGCUGGCGUCAACAAACGAGGAGUGUGUCGCAGACAAUAUGCAGUCGGAUGUGGGCGGUUUGUAUGCCGCUGAUCUUGACGAUAUUGUACUGAUUGAAUGAGUAGCUUAUUAUCUAUAUGCGUACAUGUGUAAUACAUAUAUAUUAUAUGUAUGUAUGUAGUUUUCUAGUAUUUCAUUUUUAGAUGCUCUAGAGCUCAAACUCCACACAUUGGCCUUUAAAUAUUUAAAAAAUACACCGCCUUAACAUAAAACUAUAGUCAUAACUUUGAAGUCACAUAAGCUAAUAAAUAAGUCCAUAUAUUUGGUGAAUACACAUAUAUUCUUAGAUUUAAUAUUUACAUUUAGUGUACCUAGAAUUAAAAAUACAAGAGUUUCAGUUCAUAAAUGAAAGCUUUGAAGCAUUAAAUAUUAUUCAUAGAAAUGAA